AUCCGUACUCCUACCUACCGUCGAGAGCCAUUGCAGUCAGUAUGUGAUAAAUCAUGGCUAGCAGAGGCCAACUCCAGCCACAUGCACGCCGCACAAUGCUCUCUUGAACUAUUCGAGACAUUCCUUAUGACCUGGUCUUCAUAGUUACGAAGUUCAGCUUCCGCUCAUCUUCAGCCCGCCAAAGAUGGAUAUAGAGUUCAGCAAAUUGCAUUAGCUGGUUUAGCCGCUCUUGCACAGCAUAGCAUUUUUGCUUUUGGUGGCAAGAUGUUCAGCUGCAGUCUCAUCCAGCCUUUGCAGUUCUGACUUCAUAGUACAAUCAUCGUCUUUUUUUAGGGUGCAUAUAUAGUGCCCCCCGGACCACAAUUCUUGCUUUUAGCCUCUCAUCGUCCAUCUUCUGCUUAGGAUUCUGACAGUUUAAACAACGCUCAACCACUUAUUACAAUGUCGGGCCCACCAGAAGGAGUGGUCUGGUUUCCCAAAAAGCUUUUCUCUGUUUGGUGGGACUCAAAGCUACAUAUUAGCGAUGAGGAUCGUAUGAAAGAGCUCAAGCGAGAAGGGGAGGACUUUUAUAAGUUUCUUUGGGUUGAUAUCACGGUCAACGCGAAAGUCGAAGACAAAGACAAGCCAAAGAAGAAGCAUCCGCGCACUGAAUUUGCUGUCGGCGGGGCGACGGCAAGCUACGACAAAAUCUCCGCUCUGUAUGGCAGGGAUGCUAGCAACCCAACUCGGAUCGUGACCUUGCAUCAAGAUGGGAAUCUGUUCGCGCAGCCGGAACAGGCAUAUUUGGUACACUUCCCCAUGCCGACUCCCGAGGAGCGAUUCCUGUGGCUGGACCUCACCUAUGCAAUUCGUGGGGUAUACCUCCCACAGUGUUGGAACUGCCCGUGGCCGUACGAAGAUUUGGUCCAGCUGAUCCGACUGGAUUUCAAACAUCGAUCUGUUCAGAUUCCGUUCGCCAUCCCGUACAGCUCAAAGCUUUAUCCCCAGCCGGAAAGAGAUCUUUUGCCGGAGCAAAUUGACAGAGCUGGGCUCGAGAUCAUGCCGGAAAAGACCAUCGUGGACAACGUACUGCAUCCGAUCUUACAAACUACGACCCGGUUCACGAAGAAGAUACUUGGUGAGAAGGCAACUAAUUCGGAUGGGGAGCCUUCUCACGAGGCUCUUUUCCAAGGUUCAGACGCAGAAACAAAACGAGCCAAGGAAGAUCUCCGCAAAUGGCUAGAUAGCUGCAAAGGCAAGGGCCCACAAGAUCAAUUGGCCAAGGCCAGAGACCUCGAUGCAUUAGCCAAGAAGUACAAUGUUGAUCGCAAUCCCAAAUACUAUCGUGCGGAGGUCGACCAAGAAGAUCUCAGCAAAAGCCCCAGCGGCAAAUUCCAGGAAUCCCUGAAAAAAUGGAUGUUGGAUUUCUGGGCUGAAAAUCGGCCACAUCUCUUUGGAAAUCAGAAACAUGCAGCCUCCGCCGCGCUAGUCGCAGAGAAAUGGUCGCAGGAGAUAGCUGAAAAGCCUGAGUUCAAGAAUCUUACUGUUCAAAGUCUUUUGGCACAAAGAGACACCGGAGAACGUGAGAGAUUAGUCAAGGCGCUCUCCGACGCGGUCAAUGCCGGGCCCACGGGAUGGAAGGUCAUCCCCAAGCCCAAACUCGGUCCUGUGGAUUCUUUCGGUGCUGCCAUCACGGAGAUGGGGGCUUUCUUGAAACUUGACUUUGGGGACGUCUUCGAAUUCAACCUGGGAAAAUGGGUGCUGAAAAUGGCAGACUGGAAUCAGUUUGACGACGAGUUAUUUGGCCUGCCAAAGUACACCCCAUGGCCUUGGUAUCAGCGACGGGCAUUGCUCUCCUCUCCCGGCGGUCAGCCUGAUAGUAUUGUGACCGGCCACAUUGACUUCACCACGAACCCUACCUUUGGCCUGGGUCUUGGCCAUGCGGACGUGACGCUCCGACUGGACGUUACUGAAUUGAUGUGCAUUCUGCCUAUGCCAGGGGAGGUAUACACCCGUCAAGGGGAAGAAGAAGUUGGGUACCAGAAUGUCUCUGCAAAAGGCGAGAAAGGACGACCAAUUGACUUUUACAGUCGUGACCUUGUUCUCGCCUUUCCCGCUAGGGAGGUGAAGACCAGCUCUGCGACAAAGGACAUGACACCAGAUCAUGGAGUUAUCACUUACAAUGGCAAGACUUUCCCUGAUAUCAUCAAGCGCGAGUACGGCUUGGUCAUGAACUACAAUAUCACCGAGUCGACCCCUUGGGAGAAACAACUUGCGCUUUUCAUGGUUCAGAUCCUGGCCGUCGCAGCGGACGCUAUCCCCGUCGUGGGACCUCUCGUUUCAUUUACCAUCUACAUGGGAGGUAAUUCGAUCAUCGAUGCUGCAUGGAUCUCGCAGUACGAGAACUCGAGCCCGCCAGUUUUUGCGUUGCUGUAUUCUCAGAGAAGUAAUGUGGCGAAGUACAAGACGAAGGUAGCGCCGAAGUUCAAUUUCAAAUUGACCCUCUGA